AAGCCGGCUAGAAAUUAAGGAAGGACCUAAACACUGACAGAUGGCGUGAUUACAACGUAACCCAAACUAGAGUGUGUCUCCAAAUUUAAACACGUUUGUGCCCUAGACUGACAUAAAAAUGUCACAUUUUGAAGAUAACUAGAGAACUAAUCAAUAUUUUCUUAUUUUGGGUUUAACUGUUUCCAGACGCUGGUGACACAUCAAAGACUUCUGAAAUCUGGUUUACUGUUGCUUUAUCAGUCGUUUCUCUAAAGAAAAUCACAAUGGAUGCCCUGCAGAGGAGGUCGAUUCCAGAAGAUAUGGUUCAGUAUAAACUCUUUCUGGUCCAGACGGACAUGACCUCCCAGCAGACCGAAGAACGGCUCAAACACCUGACGGAGGAAAUGUUGGCUAAGGUUGCCCAGCUUCUGGUCCAGUACAUCUGGCAAGAUCAACCAUUCAACCUCAAAUACUAUCCCGAGAAAGGAGAUGUUCCUGCUCACAUUGGAGGCAGCACUCAGUUUGGAGACAACAUUGAGGAUGAGUGGUUUAUUGUUUACCUCCUGCUGCAUCUCACAGAGUUUUUCCCAGAACUUGCAGCCAGAGUUGAGGACAAUGAUGGGGAUUUUCUUCUUAUUGAAGCAGCGGAUCAUCUUCCCAAGUGGCUGAACCCAGACACAAGUGAAAACAGAGUCUUCAUCUACAGGGGAGAGUUGCACAUCCUUCCCUGCCCAUCCAAGUCUAGUUCAAUUGGUUUUUCUCUUGAUGUGGUCCCCAGUUUGGCACAAGCUCUAGCGCUGCUUUCUGCUCAGUCAGUAGCUUGUCAGGCCAGCCCCAAAAUCCGUUCAGCUCUAAAAAAAAGGCUACAAGGGUACCCAGAGAAGAUUAAAGCUAAUCUCCACCAGGCCCACUGCUUCAUCCCUGCCGGCAUUGCCUCUGUUCUGGCACAGCGUCCAGACUUGGUCGCCCCCGCGGUCUCGGCCUUCUACCUGCGGGAUCCAGUGGACCUGCAGGCGUGUCGUAGCUUCAGGACGUUUCCUCCUGACACGAGAGUCCUCGCCUCGGUGACAUUCACCCGCUGCUUGUACGCCCAGCUGCAGCAGCAGCAGUUCACCCCAGAUCGGAGGAGCGGCUUCGACCUGCCACCUCGCUCUCAUCCGCGGUACAAGGCUCAUGAACUUGGGAUGAAACUGGCCCACGGCUUUGAGAUCCUGUGCUCUAAGAGCAGGCCGCCGUCCUCAGAGGAUGACGCUCCGGUGAACUGCAGCCCUCAGUGGAAAAACUUCUUGGAAAGUCUAAAAAAGAACGGCUACUUCCGAGGCCAGCUGGAAGGUUCAGUGGUUUACAAAGAACUCUUAAGAUCUGCAGAGAUCUUCUUCAAACAGUCAGUUGCCUCAAAGUCAAGCUCCAUUUCUGCAGGCGAGGAGAUACUCCAGCUGCUUCGCAGCAGUCCGCUCAACCUGGUAGAGUUCAAGAAACUGGAGUCACAGCUCCCCCCGGAGGACAGCGACAGCUGGUUGGAAGUCACAGCUCAGGAUUUAGAGCAGUUGCUGCAGGAGAGAAGCGGCAGGGUCGCUGAUGUCGACAGUGAAGGCUUCAGCUCUGCCCAGCAGAAGCGGCCUGUCGAGGAGGCUGCAGGGAAGGAGGAUGAGGAGGAUACCAAAGAGGAAGAAGCAGGUUACAGUCUUGUAGCUGUCAGCCAAGGGAUGAAGGACUUCCUCAAUACCAUCUCGUCUCAUGAAGGGGCUGAAGCACCCUGGAGCCUUCAGACUCAGCCUUUCAGUUUUGACCCAGGCUCGAUGGCCAACGCACUAGAUAAGCUAUUAGGAGGCAAAGAAGAAGAGCUAGAUUCAGAUGAUCUGGAUGAUGAUUAUGAGGAUGAGGAGGAGGAGGAGGAGGAGGAGGAAGAAGAGGUGGUGAAAGCGACAGAGGAAGGUUCAUCUGGUCCUGCAGAGAUGAGCACAGCCGAAACUCUGGACAGUCUCAAAAGUUACAUGGACCAAAUGGAUCAGGAGCUGCAGAGCACUAAUGUUGGGAAAAGCUUCAGUCAAACGAACUACAAGGCCUGCGUGAACAACGACUCGUCUCGUUCCCCGACGGGAGACGGGCUUUCGACAGAGGAGGGAGGAGUCGACGAGGCUGAGGAGGAGAUCCAGCCUUUAGACAUCGAUGUCAACUUGGUCGCGAAUCUCCUGGAGUCUCUGAGCAGCCAGGCUGGACUGGCUGGACCUGCUUCUAACCUGCUGCAGAGCCUGGGAAUUCACCUACCACCCAACUCGGAUCCCUCAUAGAGAAGAAAGGGGGGGGGAAGAGGACUGAAAUUAUGAGUCUGGGAUUGGUUGACAUAGAGGCAAUAAACAGACAGAGGACAAAGUCUGAUGUCUUUAUGUCAAAUUAUUAUUUUUUUGUUUCUUUUCUUUACAUUUCACUGUUGACUUCCGAUGUUUAUGUCUGUUUUUCCACCACAAAACAAAAAUAGACUGUGCAAAUUGUGUUGAUUUUCCCGUCAUGCGUUUUGACAGAAAAACCUCUUAUUUAAGGAUUUUCAAUAGAGCCUAGAAGAUGCAAAACUCAAGUUUAUUUGAAAUCACUGAAAAUGGGAAUUAACCUAUUAUAUCAUGAACUGUUAAUACACAUAUCUUUGUAUAAUACUGUGAUUGGAUGCAUGUUUUUAUCUUUUUUUUUUUACAUGUUAUACAUAAUAAACAUGUUUUCUACUUGGUUUUA